GGCGCGGGAGGCCUGGAGGCCUGCGAGCCCGCUGGCCGGGGCCGGGCGCCCGCGGCAGGCCCAGCUGUCACCGCUAUAAAUAGCGGGCGGCCCGGCCGGGGCAGCCGGGGGCGCGGGGGAGCCGCGGGCUGCGGGGUGGCGGGAGGUGCGGGCGGCACCGCGGCGGGUUCUCGAGGCCCUGGCGCUCCAGCAGGCCGGGCAGGGCUGCGGCGCGGAGCAGGCCAUGGCGGGAGCUGGGGGGGGGCGGCCGGGGCCCUUCCCCGAGCCCCCCGUUGGGCCCUGCCCCGUCUCUGACUCCGACUCGGACUCCGAGGAGGCGGCGGCGGGCGGCGCGGGAGCCGCCGGGGCGCAGAGCCCUGCCCAGGUCAUCCACAGCGGCCACUUCAUGGUGUCGUCCCCGCACAGCGACGCGCUGCCCCGGCGGCGGCACCGCCGCGCGGAGCCCCUGCCCGCAGACCCCCGGAGCAUCGACCCCACCCUCACCCGGCUCUUCGAGUGCAUGAGCCUGGAGUACAGUGGGAAGCUGGUGUCUCCGAAGUGGAAGAAUUUCAAGGGGCUGCGGCUGCUCUGCCGGGAUAAAAUCCGUCUCAACAACGCCAUCUGGAGAGCGUGGUACAUCCAGUAUGUGGAGAGGAGGAAGAACCCCGUGUGUGGCUUCAUCACCCCGCUGGAGGGGUCGGAGGCUGACGAGCACCGAAAACCAGAGGCUGUCGUGCUGGAGGGCAACUACUGGAAACGCCGCAUCGAGGUGGUGAUGAGGGAGUACCACAAGUGGAGGAUCUACUACAAGAAGCGGCUCCGAAAGUCCACCCGGGAGGAAGAGCUCUCCAGCCCAAAGCAGGAUGAGGAUGCCUGGAGGCCAACAGAGAAAUGGUGCAACCAGCUCUUCUGCAAUGUGGUGCCCAUGCUGCUUGGGGAUGAGGAAGAGGAGCCAGGGGGUAGGCAGCACUUCGACUUGGACACCUUCCUCUCAGACAUCUCUGACACUCUCUUCACCAUGACACAGACUCCCAGUACCCACCAGGCAGUCCCCGAGGAUGCAUAUGUUGGGAACGCUGACAUGAUCCAGCCGGACUUGGCCCCCCUGCAGCCCAGCCUGGAUGACAUGGAGAUCUCAGAUAUUUUCACCGGCCACCGGCCACCACCAUCGCAGACACAACUGGGCUACCAGGAGCCACCCUGCUUCGUGUCCAUGGCUGAGCCCCUUUUUGGUGGUGGGGGGUCUCUGAUGGGCACACGGGGGCUGCCUGCCAGCUCUGAGGCCCCAGUCCCACCCAGCUCCCUCCUCCAGGUGAGAGGGAGCCCAGCCCAUGGCUCACAGCUGCCAGUGCCUCAGCCACCACCCCUGACCCUCCCAUGUCUCCCACAGCCCGGCAGUGCCUCCCAGCUCGGCCUUCACAGCACCUUCCUGGCCCCCCAGAUACCCCCAGCCCCCCUGCCCCCCGAGCCCCCUGCCGCAGCCCCCAGCAGCGUCAGCCCCCAGCUCCGACACAAGCCCCUGCUGCAGUAUGGCCUCCCCAGCAAGUGCCUCACCCUGGAGCCACCAGGACCCCCCUACACUCCCUCAAGUCCAUCCCCCAGGGCCCCGCUGCUGGGCCCGGACCCUCUGCUCUCCCCUGCCUCAGCCCCCCGCUCCAAGUUCCCCUACACCGGCUCGCCCGGCCCCUCGCUCCUUGCCCACCCUGCCUCCCCCCUCUCAGCACCCUGUUUUGUCCCCCACGCCCAAGGAAUGGGCUUCACCACGGGCACAGUGCCCCCAGGAUACCCCACUCCAGCUGCCCCCCAGCUCCUGCCCCCCACCCUGCUAGGCAGCCCCAGCUUUGCUCCCCCCAAGGGGCUGCCCCAGGGUGGGCGACCCAAGACCAAGUCCAGCAGCAGCACGAAGGCAAAAAGGCUGCCAGGACCCGCCGUGCCAGCCCAACUGCCCCUGCCCAACCCCUGCCUGAGCCAGCUGCUGACUGAAGCCAAGCAGGAGCCAGCCCUGGAUGCCUCACACCUGAUGGGUGCAGGACUCUUGCCUGCAGCCCCUGUCUCCCUGCAGAGCUCUGUCUCCGAUGGCCCUGCCACCUUCCUCUCCAGGAUGGCCCACCUGAGCCCAGGGCUGGCUCCUGGCUCCAGCCCUUCCCAGGCAGCCCCUCUGGCGGGCGCCCAGCCGGGCACGCUGCGGGUCCCCAAGGCAGAGCGGCUGUCCCCCACCUCAGCUUGUGGCAGUGACUGGCCCAAGCGUGGCCAGGCUUCCCCAGGACCUGCUGUGGGGCCGAGCACUGGCAUCUCCCUGCACCACCCUGCGUCCUGCCGGGGCAGGGCUGACCCCAGCAAGAUGGAGAGCCGCCGCAUCACACACAUCUCUGCCGAGCAGAAGAGGCGCUUCAACAUCAAGCUGGGCUUCGACACGCUGCACAGCCUGGUCAGCACCCUCAGCGCCCAGCCCAGCAUCAAGGUCAGCAAAGCCACCACCUUGCAGAAGACAGCAGAAUACAUCUGCAAGCUGCAGCAGGAGCGGGCAGCCCUGCAGGAGGAGGCGCAGCGGCUGCGGGAGCAGAUCGAGGAGCUCAACAGCUCUAUCAACCUGUGCCAGGAGCAGCUGCCGGCCACCGGGGUGCCCAUCACGCGCCAGCGCUUCGACCAGAUGCGCGGCAUGUUCGACGAGUACGUCCGCUCCUCCACGCUGCAGAACUGGAAGUUCUGGAUCUUCAGUAUCAUCAUCCGGCCCCUCUUCGAGUCCUUCAACGGCAUGGUGUCCACAGCCAGCAUGGAGAGCCUCACGCAGACAUCUCUUGCCUGGCUGGACCAGCAUUGCUCCCUCCCAGUGCUUCGGCCAACCGUCCUGAGCUCCCUGCGGCAGCUGAGCAUUUCCACCGCCAUCCUGAGCGACCCCGCCUGCAUCCCGGAGCAAGCCACGCGGGCGGUGACGGGGACGGGCCGUCCCGGCGGAUCCUCCUCGUAGCUGCCCCUGGAAGAGCCGUCCCAGCCCUGCCGAGCCCCCCGGCGAGGAGCCCCCUGCGGGCAGAGCGCGGGGGAAGGGGCACCCGGGGCUGCGGGGCUCCCUGGGACAGCCCCCCGGGCGGGGAGCGGGGGCUCUGGUGCGAUAAAGCGCUGUCCGUGUC